AUGCCUGGAAUAUUGCCUAUGAAAGUCAUCAAAGUCGGAUCGACCUGUCAGUCCCGCAUCGCACAAGCUUGUGAUCGAUGCCGUUCCAAAAAGAUACGCUGCGACGGCAUCCGCCCGAGUUGCACACAAUGCACUAACGUCGGCUUCGAAUGCAAGACUAGCGACAAGCUCAGCCGCCGAGCCUUUCCCAGGGGUUACACUGAGUCGUUGGAGGAACGAGUACGACUACUGGAAGGGGAGAUUCGUGAGCUGAAGGAGCUGCUCGAUGAAAAGGAUGAGAAGAUCGACAUGCUCUCACGAAUCCACUCACACUCUCCCCAUGGGUUCUCGAACGGAAGACGACCGUCUGUACAGUCGCCAGCAGCCUCAGAAGAGACCCAAGAGAAAGAAGACACUUUUAAGGUGCAACAGCCUCCGCUGCUCGUGGAGGAUGGGAACAGCGACUCGUACUUCGUUGGCAGUUCAAGUGGACGAACAUUUGUUGAGAGUUUUAAACAGAGAGCGCAGGAGACUGGUCGACUCAGCAUGGAUGUCGGCUCAAACGCCUUCUUUGGAAUAGGAGUCAACGCAUCUGUUUCGGUUCCUUCGAAGCGCACUGUCACUUUCAGAGCUCCACCUCGUCUGGUGUCCGAUCAGAUGAUCAACAUCUUCUUUCAGGAGUGGGCACCGCUGUUCCCAGUUCUUCAUCGACCGACUUUCCUUGCCCUGUACGAAGAGUACGUUUCCAGUCCUGAGAACGUGCAAGACAAGAAAUCCAUUGCCAAACUCAACCUUUGUUUCGGCAUUGCCGCACUGUCAAGUGGCUCCCGCGACGGCAAGGAUGUUAAGUCCUUCGAGGCUCAGUGGCAAAGUGCUGUUAACUCUUUCCUGAUGGACAAUGACCUUGCGACACUGCAGUGUCUUGUCCUCGCGCAGAUCUUCUGUCUACUCAAGGGCGACUACUCUCGCGUGCUCAAGUACAAGGGUCUGGCUAUUGGCCUGUCGCAACGCCUUGGCCUACAUCAGUCACAGAAGCGCUUUGCGCUUGGUGCACUCACCAGCGAAUCAAGGAAGAAGGCAUUUUGGUCUUUGUACACCGUCGAUUGCUUGUCUGCUGCACAUCUCGGCCUUCCAAAAUUGAUCAGAGAAGAAGACGUUUACUGCGAGUAUCCGGUUGAUGCAGAUGACGAAUACGUCACCGAGAAAGGGUUCCUGCCGACCCUGCCUGGCGAGUCGACCAAGCUCUCCAGUGCAUUGGCCCUCUUCCGACUCUCCCGUAUCCUAUCCAGAGCUUUGGCCGAGUUAUAUCCGGCUUCAUCAACACACGAUAUUUCGUUCCGAACUAUAGCCUCCCUGGCCAACGAGAUUGAGGAGUGGCAGAACAACUUGGCUCCACAUCUCAGGCUGACAUUUGCACAAGAUAAACCCAGCACAAAUGUGACUAGUAGCAGAGCGCCUAUUUUGUCUCUGGCAUACCACCACAUUCGAUCUUUGAUCUACCGCCCCAUCGUUGUUGCCAAUCUCGGUGACAAGGGCUCGUCUGCUAUGGUCGCAGUUGGUGAUGCUUGCAAGCAUAUUGUGCAGAUCGUGCAACUACUCGAUGAGCGUAAGCUCAGCUUCUCGUUCUGUCUCAACCGUAACGAGGUACUUGUUCAAGCGGGUUUCGGACUCCUGUUCCAAAAUCUGAACCUAGCCCGCGAUGGAAAGCUGAUCAAGGAGUGUAACCGCCUCGUCUGUUCAGUCAUGGACAUGCUUGAGAGCGGUUCUGCGGCUGGCUCCACGGAGUUUCGUCGUGUUGGGUGUUCGAUGGUUGCGGUCCCUCGCGUGACUGGCCCUACACUCUCCCGCCACAACUCGGCAGGUAGCAUGGGUGCACCAAUGGACACGCUACGUGCUACCCAAGAAACUCUCAAGGCCAUCGCAGCUCGCUUCUCCCCAGGUGCUCUCAAGGCCAGCCGCCAUGGUGUACACGAGGCGCGUCGUGCUACUCUGCCGGCCAUCUUGCCCGAGGUCGGCGUCCACAGCAAUCCCUCGUCCACGAGCCUCCCAUCUAUUCAGUCCGAACCACACAUGGCGCGAUCUGAACCUACCAUGAGUCCACCAAAUCACAACCGUGCUUCUUUCUCUAUGUCGAACAAACGUCGUCCUAACCCAGUGUCCGCUGCACACCGAAACAUCGACUUCCUAUCAUUCAGUGCCGACCCUCUGACAACUCAUUCUCUUGGUGCCACCACCUCGAAGAGUGAGGUGUCGAAGUCUGACUGGGAGCGUCUGCUCGGCUCGCUCGAUGGAGGGCAGACUAACAUCUAUGAUAACAUUUAUGGUGGACCAGCAGCCGAAGCUCUUCUCGACGCUGGGCCUCUCUCUACAGCUACCGACAGCAGCGCCAACUGGUCGCCUGACGCCUGGGACUGGAACAGCUAUGGGACUGCAGCACCACCACAGAGUGUACUCAGUCUCAGCGACGAGAGCUUGACUAGUGGAGAGGAGUUCGGCAGCAAUUCUUGUGAAUUGGGCACACCCGGAAGCGACGGAAUGUACGCUGGAAUUAUGAUCCCUGACAUGAGCACACCUACUGGACUGGGCGCGCUCGAUGGCAACUUUGGACUUUAA